AGGAAGAACAAUUGACCAAUGAAAAUCGAGUAGCUUUCUCUUGGCAACACCUUGGCCAAUCACUACCGUGUAAUAUUUACCUCACUUCCGGUAUAUUUGAGCCAUGUUUAGGAAGACUAGAGAAAGAAAAGUAUGGCGCGGUGUUUAAAAGACUGCAGCGUGUCCUGCAGAUACACGUGGGAUGAGCUGCAGGUUCUUUGUCGGACACAGAAGUUAGUGUGCAAGCAGCUGGCUGUGACCAAACACGACUUCAGUGACUAUGUGGUUGAAUACCUGUGUAAUUAUAGAAGAAUUAAGACUCAAGAGUUUUUCCUGGUAAAGUGGAAAGGUUACUCGGAGUCAGAAAACACAUGGGAACCGUACAAAAACCUUAAAUGCCCCAAACUCCUCCAGCAGUUUCGGCGGGACUUGCGGUUAUCUCUUCUUCACACUAAUAAGCCUCUGGAUUCAAGCCCACUGGAUGCGACUGCAGUUUCCUUCAUCAUCCAGAGAGCCAAGCAGCGCCUGAAGCUGCGGCAAUGGGAGGAAGAACUGAACCGUGCAUGUCAGCACAAGGGGCGCAUCUUUGUUAGGAAUGAUGUGGACCUGGACGGCCCUCCCAAAGACUUCACCUACAUUAACAACUACAAAAUCGGUUCAGGUGUAAAGUUCAACGAAGUAGCAGUAGGGUGUGAAUGCACAGAUUGUAUUAAAGCACCUGUAAACGGCUGUUGUGCUGGAGCAUCUGAUAACCGCACAGCGUAUAAUGACAACAUGCAGGUGAAAAUCAGGCCCGGAAUGCCCAUCUACGAGUGUAACUCUCAGUGCCAAUGUGGCACAGACUGCAGGAACAGAGUGGUACAAAGGGGCAUCCAGUACGACCUGUGCAUCUUUAAAACAGCUAAUGGAAGAGGCUGGGGUGUGCGCACACUCGAGAGAAUUCCCAAAAACUCUUUUGUCAUGGAGUAUCUUGGAGAGGUCAUCACUUCAGAGGAGGCUGAGAGACGAGGACAGAUGUAUGAUCAGCAGGGUGUCACCUACCUGUUUGAUCUGGAUUACGUGGCUGAUGUCUUUACUGUGGAUGCUGCCCACUAUGGAAAUAUUUCCCACUUUGUCAACCACAGUUGCGAUCCAAACUUGCAGGUGUAUAAUGUUUUCAUUGAUAAUUUGGACGAACGGCUUCCCCGGAUUGCUUUCUUUGCGACACGAGCAAUAAGAACAGGAGAAGAGCUUACUUUUGACUACAAAAUGACAAUUGAUGAGAUAGAUGCAGAAAGCAACAAAAUGGACACUAAUUUCUGCCUGGCAGGAAUGAAUGAUGCACCUAAAAAUCGCAUCCGCAUGGAGUGCAAGUGUGGAGUAGAGAGCUGCAGGAAAUACUUGUUUUAGUCCUGCCUGUAGAAACUGUCCACCUUAUUUUUAUGGUCUCCUUUCUACAGAUGUCUCCUGAUUUCCAAAUUUUAUUUUUUUAAUGGUUACCUUUUAUAUGAGCUACAUGCCCACUAUUGGUGGUGAUGAUAAUACUGAUUUCCAAUUAUUUUGACCAAAAAUACACACUGUCAGCAUUUUGUAUAUUUUUUGGUUCUAAUUAUCAAAUUUUACUGCUUCAAUUUUUACAAUACAGCUUUUACCAAUAGAUUUCACACUUAUGUGCCUUCUUCAUUGUACUGAAAUUAUUUGUUAUUCUGACCAUUAUUUUAAGUAAAUCUCUCUGCUGUAAGUAUGCAUUAAGUCCAUAUCAAGGCUAUAGAUUUAAAAUGGCUAAAAGCAGCAUUCUAGACAAGAAACUGUGACACAAAUUUUACUUACAGGUGGUGUCUCACCGUUUGAAUGUCCAGGGUUUAAUCCUGAUUUAGAGAAUGAAUAAAUAUUCUAGACUUUAAUAUAUUUUGGUAAAGGAACCUCUGAUGUGCUUAGAAAUGUGUAUUUGCUUCCAAACAAUUGGCCCUUUUGUGCUAAAUAGCCUUUUUAAAUAUGGUUGUAAUUUCCAAUAAAAGGCAGAUUUACCACUAAA